AUGCAGACAAAAACUAGAGAAUCAAGCCUGAGAAAAAAGAGAGACCACAUAAUGUUGGCUAGAUUGAUCACAAUAUUCAUAAAAUUCACCGAUUAGCCUAAAAGAUUAAUUUUCCAGUCAAUUUUGAAUCGAAAGAUGAAUUAGGGCAUUAAUCUAGACAUUCAGUAUCUUCCAGAUGGAAAGUUCUUCAGAAAUCUAACUCUCAUACUUUGCGAUAUAUUCAAAUACAGAGUAGAUUUGCAAAAAGAGUAGUUUUUUGAGGAGGGCUUCGCUGAAAGGAAGAUGAUUCUUAUACUUGAUGUCUUUGAUAUUAUUAAGCGAGUAUAAUCAUCUGUGAAAGUAUCUGAUAAAUUAUCAGCGACUCAUACAGGGCCAAUUAUUGGAGAAAUAGUUUAAAAGAGUUAUCAAAUAAUUAAUCAUAAAAAAGGGGAAGCCCUCGAAUUCUCUUACAAAGUAAACACUGCUCUAAAGCAAACUUAGAUCAAGAUGACUCAUAAAACAGAAAUACCAAAAGAGAUUAUUUAAACUAAUUAGUUUAGUCAUGCAUAAUACGCUUAAAUGAUAAACGAUUCAAAGGCAAAAAUAUAAGUUGAUAAGGAAAAUUCAGUAAACAACUCUGCAGAUAUAAGCAAGAAUUCGUUUGAUCAAAAGAAAGUGUACACUUUGAGGAGGCAUUAUGAUGAGGAAGAGAUUUAGAAAAGAAAAAGGAAAUAAGAAAGAAGAGAGAAAAAGAGGUAGCAGAUCGAAUAUGAACAGACAAGAUCAAAUAUUGCGGAUGAGUCUGAAAUCCAUACUAUCCAUGAAGAUGUUAAUGAAGAUAAGCAAUCAUAGCAUAAUGAAAGAUAGAACUAAGGUUACAAUAAUCUUCAUACAUAGGAUGAUGAAGUGAAUGAUAGAGAAUAGCAUAAAAUAUAGAUAAAUCAGGUUAGUCAACAAUAAUAAUUAGGCUUUGAUCCUGCAGUAAUUAGCAUGCUAGCUCAGUGUGUCAAUCAGCUAUAAGAAAAAGUUUCACAUUUUGAGAGAGGUAUUGAUGACAAACUGAAUUAGAUCUAAAAUAACUAUCAAACUAUAGAAUCUAGAAUCAAGGAAGAGGCUUUUCUCAGUGCCGAUUCUAAGGAGUACAUUUAGCAAAUAUUUGAGGCAGUAGCAACUUUCUCUCUUGAUUCAGAGAUAUAUACUCUGAAAUCAGAGAAUUUACCCUAGUCUCUGAAAAGCAUUCCUAAGACUCUCAACAUCUCUAAUGAUAAAGCUCUCAUUCUAAUUCUCUCACUUCACAACUUGAUGAAAGAAUACAUCGGAACUGCAAUGCUGGAUGAGAACGUUCUUGCUAGUAAAUUCCCUCCAACUUUCAAGAAGUAGCUGAAGUCAUUCUUGUUUAAAAUGAUGAGAGAAUAUGCUCCUAAAACCAAGAAGUAUUUCUAGGAUGAGUUCAGUGGACUUCCAAAGCUAAGAGACUUCGAUUGGAGACUCGAUGUUAAAAUUGCAAGUAAAUAAUAGGAAAGACUCAAGCAGCCAAUGCUCUAUGUCAAAUUGGACAUCGAGAGUUAAAACAGUGAAUCAGAAAAGGAUCAGCAGAACUCAUAGGUACUUUUCUAAGUAAGUAAAGGGUAGCUUAAAGAAAUCCUAACAAACUUUGAAACAAUUAAUGCUCAGCUAUCUGCAAUCACAUCUAACAAAUAAUGA